AUGUUUAGUUUCUUCACCUCUUCUUCUUCUUCAAGUAAUCCAACGACUGUAAAAUUUGAACAAUUAAAUAGUAAGGCUGAGAAAUCAGUGCCUCAAAUUGAUUCCAACAGAUCCAUUCAAGACUAUUUUCAAUUUGGGGCCAAUCUCAUUCGACAAGCUGGUCAGUACAAGAAGAGUCAAGAUUUGGAGAAUGCUUAUAUCAAUUUGAAGGCUUUUGAAUUGUUAAUUCAGAGAUUGGCCAAACAUCCUCAAGUGAGUUCCAAUAAGGAUGAAUAUAACUACAAUGUGGAGAAAUAUCAACAAUUGAAAAAAGAGCUAAACAAUCUCAUGUCCCAAAUCACACAACUAUUGGAGCAACAGUCCCAACAAAAAUCAAAUCAAACACCAUCAGCACCUCCUUUGAAUCCAUACGAAGAAGAAUCACAACAACCUCAAUACCAAAACCAAAGUGGAAAUCGUAAAUCACUUCCUAGUGUGCCAUCAAAGAAACCUCUUCCUCCACCACUCCCUCAGCAUGUGGUCUCUCAGCAGCAGCAGCAACGAUCCAAUUCGCUCAUGUACAACACGGUCGGCAAUGUUGUGAAUAAUGACAAAUUUCAAACAGCUGUCGGAAAUCAAGUGGCCAACAUGGCACAAAAUGAGCAUGUACAGUCCAUGGUAGCCACAGGAGUGGCCACAGCAUCCACCAACAGAUCUGUGCAGAGAAAUGUCGGUGAAGCCAUUGCAUCCUCCACUGAUAAUUCCAUGAUCAAGUCCAUGGCAACGAAUGAAAGUGUGCAAAAGACUGUUGGUGUGGUGGUUGCUAAUACGGUCGGUAAUAAGGAAGUUCAACAAAAGGUUGGUCAAUACAUUGCUAAAGCGGCCACAGACAAGGAAGUGCAACGAAAGGUAGCGAGUGGGUUCAUGACCUUGUUGAAAGGAGCUGCGAAAGGUGCCAAAGUUGCUGGAAAAGUAGCUUAUGAAGGAGGAAAGAUUGCUCUUGAACAAGGAAAGAAACACUACCAAGAAAACAAUCAUCAUCAAUAA